AUUAACGAUGGCUCAUUCUGGUGUUUUAAGGACAUUGAACACAUUUAUCAUUAGGUGGAACCUCUUCCUUUAAAAGCAUUUUGUUAAAUAAAUCAAAAAUACAUUUUUAAAAAACUCAUAAUACACUCCUCGAGACGUCGAUGUUGCUGCGUCUUCGGCACCGCCUGCUGGUCAACUGUUUGAAUGCAGAUAAAGAUGGCGGCCGCCAUAAGGACACUGUGCCGUUCGGCGUUUAGGAAUCAAAGUAGACACUUCAGCACUACAUGUUCAAUUCAGGCUGGACAGAAGUGGAGGAUAGAACAUGGUCUUGCACGAAGUAACUCAGAGUACGGACCUCUGACAGAUCUGCCUGACUGGUCAUUUGCUGAUGGACGACCAGCUCCGCCUCUGAAAGGCCAGCUCAGGCGGAAGAAGGAGAGAGAAGAUUUAGCUCGACGUGUUGUGAUGCUGAACUCAGAAAUGGACAAAGGGAUCCAGGUGUGGAAGGACAAACUGAUUGAGACUAGACAACAAGAGGAGCAAAGGAAGUCUCUGCUGUUCAAACCUAAAGGAAAACUGUUGAAGAAAAAAAAUACUCACUAACUUCACUCUGGUGCAUAUGUAUUUAUGUUUGUUUAAAGAUGUAUGUGUGUCCUCCUGGUUCAUAUUUUGUUUAUUGAAAUGUAAUAUUUCUACAAAAAAAAAAAA